GUGACGUAUUUCCCUAACACUGGAGACUGAAAGAGGAAACGCUUUCUCUCUCCAUUCGUGCUCGUGCUGAUGUUGUACGGGGCACAGGAGAAAAAGAAAGGAGGGAGGAAAAGAAAGGGGAAUAUAGUUUAUUUUGGUCCCUCCUCCUGUCGCCAAUUUGGAGGAACAAUAAAACGCGAUUAGGGGAGAUUUGUAGCAGGCUCGCUUGGUAGCCAGCUACUACAGCUUUGUUAUUUUUCUCUCGGCAACCAGCUAGUCAACUUUUAUUUAUACUCGUUAUUCUUCCACAAAACAAUCACCACACACAAAACAACUAUUGAAUACAAGACAUAUAGCGUGGAGACGAUCGCUUAUAUACCAAGAUAUGGGGAGGAAAUCGAAUCGGGCGAAGGAGAAGAAGCAGAGACGUCUAGAGGAGCGGGCUGCCAUGGACGCUGUGUGUGCGAAGGUGGAGGCAGCCAAUAAGCUUGAAGAUCCUCUGGCCGCGUUCCCUGUGUUUAAGAAAUAUGACAGAAAUGGGUUAAACCUUCAUAUAGAAUGCAAGCGUGUCUCGUCUUUGGAUGCCGUUACAGUGGAGUGGGCCUAUGAACUGACCAGAGCUAACAUGCAGACUCUUUAUGAACAGAGUGAGUGGGGGUGGAAAGAAAGGGAGAAGAGGGAAGAGAUGAAAGACGAGAGAGCAUGGUACCUCAUUGCUCGAGACCCUGACUCUGCCCUUAUUGCAUUCUCUCACUUUCGGUUCGACGUGGAGUGUGGGGAGGAAGUGCUGUACUGUUAUGAGGUUCAGUUGGAGAGCCGAGUGAGGAGGAAAGGCCUUGGAAAGUUCCUGAUCCAGAUACUGCAGCUCAUAGCCAACAGCACACAGAUGAGGAAGGUGACAUUGACGGUCUUUAAACACAACCAUGGUGCAUACCAGUUCUUCAGAGAAGCCUUACAGUUUGAGAUUGACGACACCUCGCCCAGUAUGUCUGGCUGCUGUGGGGAUGACUGCACUUACGAGAUUCUGAGCCGACGGACAAAAUUUGGGGAGGCCGCAGGUCAUGGGCACGCUGGAGGGCACUGUGGGGGGUGCUGCCAUUGAGUGAGGGGAAGGGUGUGCCUUAUUUCUCAAAUAGAAACAACCCCACCUCAGACCAAACCAUAACCUUCUUAUUUUUUCUUUAUAAAUUCUCCCAACUUCUGUGAUAAUUGUGUUCCCAAAAAAACACGCUUACAUCCCCUGUAAUACAUGUAGAAAUGUUACACCUUCCAAGGAAUGAUGUUUGAUCCCUUUAAAUGUGGAAUUUUUAAGUCUGCAAUAGUUGCUAGUUUCAUGCAUUACAACAGGAAACGUAUGAUUGGCAGUUCAUUAAAAAAGAGGUAACGUUCUCUUACUAUAGUAAGAAGAUGCCCUUUGGAUUUUACAGAGAAUUUUUCACAAAAAUCUUUUUAUUGCUUCUAGGUAAGUACAGCCAGAACUGGAUCUUAUGUCAGGAAUGAAACCUUAUUCCUGUGCCUAUUUUUACAGAUACAAUUCAUCUCUCAGGUUAAGAAAAUGCAGGAUAUACAUUUUAAAAAGGUUUUUGGAAAAAAGGGGGGAAAGCAGAGUUUGGGGGUUCAUAGCUAUUGGGGAAGGGGGUGAUUCAGUGAAGUGGUUGGGUGUCAUGAGAGGUUUAGAAAAGGGCCUGUUACAUUUUUUUCCCUCCAUUUUAUAUUUUUAUAAUCAUGCAAACUAUUUCUUAUUUUGUGAACCCUUGUCCCUUGUUUCACCUUUUUAUUCUUUUUCUAACUGCCUACUCAGUUUUUGGUGUGUACAGUAUAGAAAGAAUCUCUUAUCUGAUUUGCCUUUGUACAUGAACAAUUGACUGCAAAAAUGAAACAUUUACAGCGAGAAAUGUUUACAAUUCUUCCAGUCAUGUGCUUGUUAGAUUUCAUGUAAAAAUGAAGGGAACCAGAAAUAUGUCUGCCUUGUAGGUGUUUUAUUUGUAUGUUACAAAUAAAAGAAAACUUGUUUAACUAA